AACCAAAUUCCCCCGCUACAUUGUCUGUUGAACACUCGCAAAAAUGGUUGUCCUUGCCGCUUCAAUAUGCACUCGGGGCGGAAAAGCUGUCCUCUCGCGACAAUUUCGAGAGAUGCAGCGCUCUAGAAUUGAAGCCCUCCUGGCAUCUUUCCCAAAGUUAGCAGACAGUGGAACCCAACAUACGACUGUUGAACAAGACAAUGUCCGCUUUGUGUACCAACCGCUCGACGAACUCUAUAUGGUUCUCAUCACCAAUAGGCAAUCCAAUAUCCUCCAAGACAUCGACUCCUUACACCUUUUCGCACAAGUGGUUACGAGUACGUGCAAGACUCUAGACGAGAGGGAGAUUUUGAAGAAUGCCUAUGAACUACUCAGCGCGUUCGAUGAACUCGUCACUCUGGGAUACAGGGAGAAUCUGACCAUCAGCCAAAUCAAGACAUUCUUAGAAAUGGAGAGUCACGAAGAGAGAAUCCAAGAGAUCAUUUCAAGAAAUAAAGAAUUGGAAGCCACCGAGGAACGGAAACGAAAGGCAAAGCAGUUGGAGAUGCAACGCAAAGAAGUUUCAAGAAGUGGCAGAAAUGCCAUUCCCCGGACGCCUAUCUAUCCUACAUACACUCCUCCCGCACGCACCACUGUCACAGAUACCUACGAUUCCUACGAGGCCGAGAAGAAUAAGUCAUAUAAAGCUGCAGCACCGAAGGGCAAAGGCAUGCAGUUGGGCAAAAAGUCCAAGACUACCGACAUGUUCGAACGUGUCAGAGGUGAUUUGGGUGCCGAAGCAGAAGAAACCGCAUCUUCUCCAUUAGUGCCGAACCACCCCACCACUUCAGCAGAACACACGCAUGCACAGCCAUCUCCUGUAACAUCCUCACUCGACCGUGACGCCAUUCAUGUUACGAUCGCAGAGACUAUAAAUGCAAAGCUGUCAAGGGAAGGCUCUGUAAACUCGCUAGAAGUCAAAGGGGACCUGCAAUUGAGGAUAUCAGAUCCAACGUUGACGAAGGUGAAGCUGGAUUUGGUUGCCAAUGCCAGCCACGGAGUCCAAUUUCGAACGCAUCCUAAUGUCGAUAAAGGAGUUUUCAAUAACUCCAAGGCUGUACAGAUGUCCAAUAUCGCAAAGGGCUUCCCAGUCAACAACUCAGUCGGUGUUUUGCGAUGGCGAGCUACACCAAAAGCCGACGAUGCAAGCGCGGUCCCAAUCACCUUCACUGUGUGGGUUAACAAGGGAUCUGACGAUACGUACAACAUCACUGUUGAGUACGAACUCACUGGGGGUGACCCACUGAAAGAUGUUACCGUCAUCAUUCCUUACGCUACAAGCGAACCAGCAGUUUCUAGCUUUGAUGCCACAUAUGAGGUCUCAGGAGACAGUUUGGAGUGGACUAUUGGUCUAGUGGAUGAUGACAAUGCUUCUGGGUCCUUCGAAUUCGAAGCCCAAGCCGGAGAUGAGAAUGAGUUCUUCCCUAUGCAAGUGAAAUUCGGCAAAUCGAAACCCUUCAUCGACGUUGAUGUCACCGACGUUACGCUUGUUGAGAUGAAUGAAACAGUAACGUUCUCGAAGGAGGUCAAGUCUGUCGCUGACUCGUACAUAAUUGAGUGAUAAGCCAUAAAGCGUAGAAUUGGGAGCAGAAUAUGUAUGUUGUCUGGAGCAAGGCGUGGGACGGUCGGCAUCAAUAGCCAUGAAAAAAUCAUGAUUUUUGCCAUAGACUAAAUCACCACCAAAAUGAAUGAACUUGAUUUGCAC